GAUGUGUACGUAGUAAGAUUGGAUAAGACAGUACGUACGAAUUCAACCGUUUAUAAACAAGUAUACUCUUACAGGUUAUCAGGUACUUUAUAAUAAAUUAAGGGCAAAUCAAUCAUGGCAAACUUGCUCGUUAUUUCUGUAUUGUCCUUAUUAAUCGGAUCAGGGUUUUGUUGCGACCAACCAUCAGUUGACUCGUCUUACUACACAAGCACAAACUUAAAAUUGGGGAAAAAUGCUGCAUUCGUUGUUGAACUGACAGUCAAGUGCAAGAACAAUGUUCAGGACUUGAUGUUGUAUGCUGAUGUGAAUGGUGUACAAUACCCAGUUACUAAAUCACCUGAAGGAAACAACUACCAAGUGAGCUGGACAGCAAAGAAUAAGAAGUCGCCGGCUGCACUUUUUGAUGUCAAGUUCUUUGAUGAAUCAGGUUACAAUGCUCUAAAGAAAGCUGCCCGAAUUAACCAAGAUGCUAACACUGUAAAACCACUUUUCUCAGUUGACGUGAAACACCAUGGUAUGAGUUCUGGGUUCUGGGUCAGUUCUGAAUUGAUUGCUCUUGCUGUUGCCAGUCUCAUAUUUUACGUUGUGUGCAAUGAACGAAGUGCAGUUAUUUCCUAAAGCAAUUUUUCAUAAUUUUGUACAAAUGAAGCAGUGGUAGUUUAAUUGUGGACUUACGAGAUUUUUUUACGUGUACAUUACACUGCAGUUUUGGAAUUACACUUUCGUUAUAACUCGAAACCGUAAAAUUAAAAAUACACCACGAGAUUGUA